UUUAGCAUGUUGUUUCUCUCAGUCAGGUUGUUGGAGGGGAAGUGCUGUAAACACAACCGUGUUGACUGCUGUUAGGAAUCCAUAUGUUGGACCGGUCACUUCCUGUAGCUUUUGCUCAACUUAUCAGCUUUCAGCAAUGAACAUUGAUGACAAGCUGGAGGGGAUGCUUAUGAAAUGUGGCCCUGUGGGGCUUCACCACUCAUCCAGAAACUUGGGGCCUUCAAGGGUGGACGGAAGAGGAAGAAGAGGCAGUUUGGAUUUGACACUUGGGGAACGGAGCUUGGCCAAUCAUCCACUUUUGGCAGAGGAUGACGAUGAUGAGGAGGAGGAUGAUGAUGAAGACUUGGCUGGCGGAAGGCUGACCUCACAUAAUCUGAUGUCCCAGGAUGACAUGAUGGUUCAUGAGGAGACAGUGAAAAAUGAUGGGCAGGAUGAAUCCACUUUCUCACAGCAAAUCUCCCAUAAAUUAGACUACACACUCAGUAUGCCAAUACAUAUAAAACAGGAGAUGAAAGUGCCAGAUUCACUGAUUCUAAUGAAGGAGAAGAAGAAACAAGGGAGGGACUCAAAUGACUGUCACAAAAAGAAGAAGAGGAAGCAGCGCUCGCCUGCAAAGGUUUUAUAUAAAGCAUCAGAGAUCCUCUCCAUUAAUGAAGAUGGCUCCCUCGAGCACCAGAAUCCAAAAUCUCAUGUCUGUGAGCACUGCAAUGCAGCUUUUCGGACAAACUACCAUUUACAAAGACAUGUCUUUAUUCACACAGGUGAAAAACCUUACCAGUGCAAUCAGUGUGACAUGCGUUUUAUUCAGAAAUACCUGCUACAGAGACAUGAGAAGAUCCACACAGGAGAAAAACCUUUUCGCUGUGAUGAAUGUGGAAUGAAAUUUAUCCAGAAAUACCACAUGGAGAGACACAAGAGGACACACAGCGGAGAGAAGCCCUACCAGUGUGACUACUGCCAUCAGUAUUUCUCCAGAACUGACCGAGUACUGAAGCACAGACGUAUGUGCCAUGAUAAUAAGGAAAGGAAGUUGCAGAAAGCAGCUGUGAAAGAUGGCCCUUUUCGCAGCCCGGAAAGCUUGGACUUUUCUUUUCCUGCCAAGGAAUGCACACUUCCCAAGAAGAAACGUCAGAAGUCCUCUGAUAAAAGUCGUGUAUCGCUCACAAGUCCCUCCCUUCCGGACAAAGUGGCGGAAGCCGGUAAUGAAGACGAGAAGACAGAAGACAGGCUCGACAAAAGCGAGUGUCUUCCACUUUAUGCAAUAGCCACCAAAGUGAAGGACGAAUAUGUUGUGGCAGAUUAUUCGGUAGAGCUGCCUGAUUCCCUGCCUGGCAACAGGCAUCUUGCGGGGGAAGUAUCUAAUGAUGAGAUCAUCAGUCCUCCAAAAUUAGUGCUGAAGAAAAUUGCCAGCAGGAGAGGUGUGAAACAGCAGCUGCUAGAACAAUCACAAAGUCUCUCUCCCUUGUCUUCAUUUGAAGAAAGCAAAGUAACAAGAUACUCUUUUGAGAUUGUGGAUAAUAAAGGCCUUUUAGAUGUCGAGACCAACCCUGACAUGGAGUCGGUAGAUGCCCUACAAGGAGGACAAGUAAAACCAACCGGAAGCAGCACAAACUAUGACGAUGCCAUGCAGUUUCUCAAGAAGCGGCGAUACCUCCAUGCUGCUAUGGCUAACACUAGCAGAGACUAUGCGCUGAAUGUGAGCAGCAUUGUGUCACAGCCCUCCAUCACUCAGGCAUCUGUAGCGAGUGUCAUCGAUGAGACUAUUCCCACCACAAUCCUCUCCGAGACUCAGACACUGAACGUAGAAAUCAAGUCCAGUAAUGAGAAGAAUGUCCUCCCAGACGAGGUCCUUCAAACAAUUCUCGAACACUACUCCAAUAAGGCCAAUGGGCAAGCGGAGCUUUCCUUCAGUGUGGCGGACACAGAGGUGACAUCCAGCAUCUCCAUCAACUCUUCAGAUGAGAGUAGCCCCACUGAGGCUUUGGGUAGCAGCACACAAGCGCCCCCGGCAGAGAAGGCCAGCCUUCUACAAGAGUACUCCAAGUUUCUCCAGCAAGCACUGGAACGGACCAGUCAGAACGACACCUAUCUAAACAACCAGAGUCUUACUUUUGUAAGUGACAGUAGCAGUCUUUCUGGCCAGCCUUUGUUUUCCACUGAGAAGCAAUUCACAUCCCCAUCCCGGUUCAGGCCGGGCAUGAACUCACCUUUGAGGUCCACUUUGGAGAAACCCAACUUUAGCCUUUUAGUAGAUUCCCAACACUCCUUCUCCUUGUCAGGUGAUGAGACAAACCCUUCCUCUGUUUCACCAACAGACGACUUUCUCGUACAAGUGACCUCGCCUAAAAAGACAGAUGUGCAAAACAUUAGUCAGACAUUUCAGAUUGCCACUUUUGAGCAGAACUUUCGAUCUCAGUUCCCGAGCUCAAGAUCUGGAAUAUCCUCGCAGUUUAGCAUCGCCAGUGGACAAGUUAGCCUGAGAGCACAUGGAGGAACAGACUUUCCAGAGUUUUCUCUUGUUAGUGAAUCAAGAACUCCACUAACUUCAUCACCAGAUGCUACAAGCAGCCAAUCCUUUGGCUAAUCGAGAGCUUUUAAUGUUUUGAAUCAUUUUAAAGGCACUUUAUAUUCAAGGUCUUUGAGUCUGUCAAUAAAGGCAAUGUGAUCUCUGUGCAAAUACUUAUGAUUUUCCAUCUUUAAACAAUCAAGCAUGUGUGGAAAUCAGGAGUAGAGUGAAACCCCACAUUAGAUUUAAUUAUCACAACCCUUUAGUCUGAUUUUGUUUUAAUCUGUCAUAUAUGCUCAACGUGAUCAUACAAUACUAUGACUUUCCAAAUUAGUUAAUUUAUUUGUUAUAGCUUAUGUGUUUUUUAAUAAUCAUAAUUUAAUCAUAUUUUGGUUAAACUGUGCUAACAGCUCAGUUGCACUACAUCACUGUUGUUGUUGUAGUAUACAUUUUGCAGGUCACUGGUGGCUUUACCUAGAGAAAUCUUUACAGAGAUCAUAGUCAUAUUGGCCUCUUGUUAGUGAUCAGUUCUUUUGCUGGAAUUUAUUAACAACAGAUUAAAUAGACUGACAUAAUAAUAAAGCUAUUUAACAAUAUAAACUACCCUAGCAUUACAGUUUGAUGUUUUUUUAUUUUAUAUUUUGGCAAGGUACUUAAAGAACCUCACAAUUGCACCCUCAAUUAAGGCACUUACCUCUAGCUUAGUCCUCUAUGCAAGUGAUAUAAAGCAAGUCACUUUGGUAAAAAAAAAAAAGUGUCUACUGAAUAACCAGUAUAAUUUCACUUGCCCCAUAUUUGCGAGCUAAUUUGUGUGCAAUUUGAAUUAUUUGUUGUGUAUAUAGAUAUACUGUAGUAUGUAUGUAUAUAUCUAUCUAUAUCUAUCUAUCUAUCUAUCUAUAUAUAUAUAGAUAGAUAGAUAUAUAUAUAUAGAUAGAUAUAUAUAUAUAUAGAUAGAUAUGAUUCAGUGAUCACAUGAUUCUUCACAACCUCUCAAUGAGACAGUCCAUUUUGUGUAGAGCCAUCUGCAGGUUUUCUCAUUAUGUGUUCAAACUGACCUAGACCCUAAUAUUAUAUGAUGAGAUUAUAUAAUCCUGAAAUAUUUUUGCACAUUACUCUGAAGGUAGUUGCAUUACAAAAGAAAGAGAUAUUCUAAUACAGAUAAAAAGAUCUACUUAUGUGAAAAUCAGCACAUUUCUAUUUGAUGUAAUGUCUGCCAAGUUAUGCCAAUCAGAUUUUAAGUGUACAUGGCACUUGGUAUUCUGUAGAAGGCAUCUGUAGAGGUUUUGAUUUCACACAUUACUCAUUUGGAGAUGCUGUUUUGGUAAUUGUUUUUGGAAAACACCCCAACAGGUGGUCAUUUGUCAAUUUGUCAUCAAAGAGCCUAACUUGACUCAGUGGUUAUUUCACAACUAGUUUUCAAUUCAUAUUGUAAAUUAAGUGCAUUACAUCACUUUUUUCAUUUGUUCACAGUGUGUUUUUUUUUAUUAUUUGCAGAUGUACAUGAGAUCUGCGAAACAUUGCCCAUUAAAUAGCACUUUGGGCUCAUGAGAAUUUUUUUGGUUGUGGUCUUAAAGCACUUUUUAAUUCACCUUGCAGAUACAUAAUGCACACUUGCAUCUGAGAUAUGAAAUGGAACCGUCUAAUUAUGGGAAGUGGUCUUAAGUGAAAUUAAGGAAGAUGAUUUAAGAAUGUGCUGUAUGGUCUGAUAUCAUAGUUUUAUGCUUGCUUGUUUUAUGCUGUCUCAAAUAUAUUUGUUAGAAAACAUGUUUGUGUAUCAGAUUCAUAUGCUGUUUCUUACUGCAUUAAAUUAGAACUAAAAAAAUAACUUCAUGUUUGGUAACGUUCUAGUGCUAGGAUGUAUAUGCACAAAGCCUUUGUUUAUUGCACAUUUCUCUUUUUUUAUAGCUUAACUAAUUAUGUAAUUUAAAAGCUUUGUUCCUUUUUUCUCUAAUUGUCUAUGGCAAUGUACCUGCUUGUCCAACAAAUGUACCUUGAUUUUAAGCUUAGCUUUUUGUUUUUUAAAAAAAAAUACAAAAAAGAAAGGAUCAUGCCAAUUUGUACAAGAGCAGACCUUUAAGUAUGAUUUUCUUAAUCUGCAUAUUCAAUGUUUUACUUACGGUUCCUUAUAAGUGUGCCUAAACAUUCCUGUAUUGUUCCUUUGUUCUUUAUAGAUGUUGCUAAUAAGGUGUAUAUUUUUAAGCUGUGCAUUUCUCUGUGCACAUUUUUCUUUUGUGUAUAGAAUAUAGAGAGAAAACAACAUGUUUUAUGAAUAUUUGCUGCCAUUUUGGUUUUCUCAUUCCUACGGUCCUUGAUGCCUCUUAGCACAACUGUUGUCACAAAAUCAUAUUUGUGUUCAUGUAUGUACAAUUUAAAAUACUUAUCCUCUCUAUGAAAUGCUUCUUAAUGCUGUUUUAAUUAUUACAAUCUCAUUAUAAUAGACACCUUAUGGAUCUAAUACACCCUAAAAGGAUAUUAUUUAUCAUUUCAGUGUCAUUUAAUGCCUACAGUAUGAAUAUUGAAUGAAUAAUCACUGUUAAAUAUUCUCCAGAAUUGUAUGCAAGUGAAAUUAAAAAUUGAGGAAAGAGCUUGAUGCCUUGUUAAAAGUAAAUGUUUUUUGUAAGCUCAGUUACUGUUGGCAAAAGAUCAUGAUUCAUAACCAUUCACACACAUCAUUGUAGUCCUUCAUUGUUAAUUGGUUAUUUAGAGCAUCAAAGUCCGGUCAGGGUUACUGAUUAUGGAUUAUUGUUAUCUUAGUUUAACUUGAGUGAAAAACAGAUGGUUUUAUUUAGUGACAGCUCUUGAUAAUUUUAGACUUUUAAAGGGAUAAUUCACCUGAAAAUGAAAAUGCUCUCAUCAUUUACUCACUCUCAUGCCAUCCCAGAUGUGUAUGACAUUCUUUCUUCAGCAGAACACAAAUGAUAAUUUUUAAAAGAAUAACUAAACCCAUACAGACUGCAGUGGUUCAAUCCAUAUAUUCUAAAGUGAUGUAAUAGGUGUGGGUGAGAAACUGAUAAAUAUUUAUGCCCUUUUUACUGCAAAUCUAAGGUGGAGAUUCAUAGUAAAAAAGGGCUUAAAUAUUGAUCUGUUUCUCACCUACACCUAUCAUAUUGCUUCAGAAGAAAUUAAUUUAACGGAGUCAUAUGGAUUUUACUUGUAUGCUGCAUUUAUGUACUUUUUGGCCCUUAUGAGUUUUGGUCACCAUUCACUUGCAUUGUGAAGACCAACAGAGCUGAGAUGUUCUUCUAAAACCUUAAUUUAUGGUCUACAGAAGAAUGUCAUACACAACUAGGGUGGCAUAAGGGUGAGUAUAUGAGAGAUAAUUUUUUGUGAACUGUCUCUUUAAUUUCAUUGGAGCAUACAUGUCCUCUUGACUGUUCUUGUAUACUUGUUAUAUUUGUAUAUGUAAUUGAUCCAUUAUUAUUUCCAUAUACUUUAAUGCAAUACUUUGCCUAAGUCAUGGGGGACAGGUUCUAACUGGAUGUUUUUGAUUGCGUGCCUCUGUUGUGUAAUAUUGAAUUGAAUUUCCAAAUACAACA